UUCUCGGCUAGGCGGUCAUGUGACCCGCUUAACACACCUCCCCGCGCUCUCCACGCUACCUGAGCCUGCCUGUAGGACCUCUUAUCUGCAGGGCUCUGCUGAUCCAUGGGGGGAGGGGAGAGUCCACAGGAAAAGGAAGAGGAGUCUGGAUCAGUCUCUGCUGCUGGACACACACACAUUACACUCUUACGGGACUCCCAAUAUUCCAUCUUUCUGCGAAAAAUAAUAAUAAUAAUAAUAAAAUAAGCGCAAUGAAGACGGGACGAGAAAUGGAUUUACAAACAGAUCUAUGAUUUCUCUCCUGCGCUAAAACAAUAGAUUUCACCUUAAAUUAACUCUCUGAUCCUGAUUGCCCUGGGAUCAGGUGGGCAUGUGCUGGGAAUAUUCACAUUUUUCCUUUUUUUCUUUGGAUCUUAAGAAAUAUCGUUUCCUGAUCACAAAAGAAAGCUGUUGAUUCUGCUUUUUUUUUUCUCUUCCUUUUAAUGACAGAAGCUGCUUCGUGACAUCAUGUGGACGGGAUGUCUGCUAUUACUUCAGGCUUUAACAGCCACGCUCGGACAUAUUCUUGAGCCUCGGAAACUUGCAGCGCUUCAGAAACCAGAAAAGGAAGUGUUCAUGGAUGAAGGGCCAGCCAACACGUUUUUUGUCCGCAAGCUGCUAUAUAACAGUUGGGAUUUUGAGAUGUUCACGCCGGGUAAUCUAGAAAGGGAGUGCAACGAAGAAGUGUGUAAUUAUGAAGAGGCUCGAGAGUGUUUCGAGAAUGACCAGCUGACCAAAAAAUUUUGGGACACGUAUCCACAUAAUGGAAAAGGAGACGUGUCAUCGUACUCCCCUGCAGUGGACGUGGCCGGCCUGGUAGCUGGACUUGUGGCAGGGCUUGUGAUACUGGUGAUGGCAGGAGCCGUAAUACUGUAUUGUGUAAAAUACAGAGCCAAGGAGACAUCUAGAGGGAGAGCCCCGGUGAAUCUCACCAGUAAUGUACCUCUGACCGAAGACCUACCAUUGACACAUCUACCAGUGGUUGAACCCAGCGCACCUGGACUUCCUUCCUACGAAGAAGCUUUAGAGGCAUCCGGCACGUACGACGCUCCCCCACCUCCGUAUCAGAGAGGUUCCUCCAGAUCAAACCAACCCAGCUGAAAAUAAAGUCACCACAUGUAGGUCCAGAACGUGGAGUGCGUCGGACAUGAAAACUGUUUUUUUGUGAGAAUGAAAUAAGACGGGUGCUUUUGUAUGUUUUGGUUUUUUUUUUGUUUUUUUUUUAUACAUUCUACAGGAAUAUUCUUCACUCACCAAAGAAAUAGCCAUUGAAGUUGUGUAUUGGUUGCUAUUCGUCUUUAGAGGUCCAUGGCCCAUUGGGUGCACAGCUCUAGAAAUAUUUCACGUCAACGUCUUAAACUCUGGGGUUUGUGUAAGAGAGAUGAGCCACAGAAUAUGUCUACGUUGGAUAAUGCCACGCUAGAAGCGCAUCUCCCUUGCACCCUAUUUACUAUAAGCAGUAUAGAAAAUUGGUCAGUAUGGCCACCUCUGGCCUUAACCUACGCUUUGUCCUUCAUGUAGAUAAAUCUAUAGCAUUUAACGGCUUUAGAAUUUAUUUCUGGGGGAGAAUCUC